AUGGAUGCGGGAAGACGGGCAUGGGGAGACACAGCGUGCGUGGUGGUAACCCAAGGAACCAAAGAGAGUCGAAAGAGUCAGUCGCCGCCGCACCGUGAAGAAAGCAGUCGUUCACGCCGGCACUCUGCAUGCGAGGUUGAUCGCCGUCACGCCACCCUGAGCCAUGUAUCCAUCAACGAGGUCCUUCAACGUAAGACGGCGGAGCCAUUCAACAGUUUCUGGCCAUUGCCUCUUCAGCUCGUGUCGUCGCGUUCAAGAAACGAAUAUUUGAGUGUGGUGUCCUUCGGUUCGGGCACGUUGCGCAAAACCUCCAUGCUUCUCGGGCUGCUCUACGAGAAAGUGCGGGAGAUAUCGCUGAUCUUCUAUUCGAGCAAGAAGACUCAGUCAUCAGGAGCUGGGCAGCAAGCAUCACAAUUUAGUGCGUUCCGAGCUGCGAAGCAGCUUUUACCCCCCAUGAAGGAGAAUGGGAAGGAGUCUGGCAUUGGCCAGGUUUGUUCUGGGCCAGUUCAGAUAUCCGGAACCGACAUAGACUUGAGCACCAUGCACGUGGCCACUUCCGCAGUUAGACUUCGUAUCUUGAUUUUCGUUGUUCAACCAAAAAUAGUGCAUCUUGGCGCUCUGGCCCUGGCCCUCUCCACAUCUUCUAGGCUCAUAGGCUAUAAUUCUGAUAUCUCUGGUGAUGAUAAUUGGUCAUGCUUUUCUGGAUAACUCCUUGACUGGCAUCCUUCGGACGACUUUUUCGAUGCGGCACGCCGCACUUCCAAGGCACUUCUACUCUACUACUACUCAGGGCAGCAGAUCAUGUCGAUCGUAACAAAUUAAAUGAUCUUUACCGUAUACCACCAUAAAAAUUUGGUCACUGUGCGUGGACUGUUUCUUAGAUCAUGCAGCCCAAUUUCAAGCCGAGGAAGUGAAAAUGUAGAACUCGUAGUAGUACGUCGGCAUAAGCUUGCUUUCGGUGGUAUUUGUUGGAUUGAGUACAAACCUGACUCUUUUACACCGCAAUUACCUCCAGGUCGUCCUGCGUUCCUGUAAUUUUGAUGUCCAG